AUGACAAUUUUUUUCUUUUCUUGCCGCGUCAACAAUUGUCACCAGGCACUUCCGCUGGUCAAUCAGUAUUUUAAUAUCCGCAACCGAUACAGUCCAGUUUUCACCAUUCUUGAGCGACAACAAAGAUUAUCGGCCGUGGACUGCAAUGGCACCCAACUCUAUCGGCCUGGAUUUUAUGAACAAUUCUGUGAUAUUUUCGCUUCCGACCAGCAGCUUAAAAGGAAACUCCUCAGGUGGCUGCAAAAUAUCUUACCACAGUAUGACAUUACUAAUUUUCACAACUGCUGGAACGAUGGAAUUGCGCUCUGUGCCUUGCUGGAGGCUAUUUGCCCGGGGGUUUGUCCUCAUUACAGCUUUCUACAGAACCAUUGCCGCGUCAACAAUUGUCGCCUGGCACUUCGGCUGGCCAACCAAUAUUUUAAUAUCCCGAACUCUAUGAUCUCUGCGGAAGAGAUUGCAAUCGCAGACGAAUUCAAUGGCGCUGACAACAUCUACAGAUUGGUCCACACUGUCAAACUUGCGGCCGAAUAUUUGCAGUACGGACCAACAUCGAAAGACAGUCGCUCGAUCGAAAUGCUGACCACACUUUCACACCGGAAGUGUGUCGUCAGCGGCAAAGGAAUUUUACAUGGCACUGUCGGACGAAAAGCAGAAUUUACCAUUUCUUUACCGAAGAAAUAUCCCCUCUACUUAAAAAUCAACAUUCUAGCCCCAACAACACGGCCUUCGGAAUCUUCUUCGGACCAGACGGCCGUCAAGAGUAAUACUGUAAUAACAGAUCUUCAAGAUAGCUUGCAGUACGGGAUCAAUAAGUUAAAAUCCGGCGAUAGUAAGGACAGUGACGAAAGCAUCGGGACUUAUUCGGCUUUCGAAAUGCUUCCUUUUGAUUACAAUAUCCGUCCCGAUGGUAAAGCGUUGGUCAGUUACGUGCCCAGAAAUUCGGGAUUUCAUUACGUCCGUGUCCGAAUUCAUGAACAGGAUGUCGAUGGUAGUCCAUUUCGCGUGUUGAUCACUCACCCGACUCUAACAUACCAAGAUUCUCGUUCCACCUUCAAAAGAAGCUUUUCGUUGGACCCUUCCUGGACUGUGAUAGACAACGAUAAAAAAAUCACUAUCCGAAAGAAACGGAUAUUACGUAGGACAUUAAUUCCUAGGGUCCUUAAGGUGGAAGAAAACAAUUCAGAGCCUUCGAACGAGUGGCCGUUUUCAGAUAAAUUAGACGAACAAAUUUUGAAUACAUCGCCGACCGUAUCUCUGGCGCUAAAAGUUUUCCAAGAUGGUAUCCAGAAGCGUUCACGCUCUUCCAGUUUGAGCUUCAAGACAUACGAAGAAGAUGCACAAGAAGAACUGGAUGAUGACGAUAUAGCUAUAAACUUUCGCCAAACAAAGUCGCUAAAAUCCCAGGACUUACCAAAAACAAAAGAGGAAUCGAUUAGUGAUUUGCUUUCAGGCCGUAAUCAUGCUGACCAUACACGAUUAACUGACUGUCGGUUUAAUCAUCUUAAAGUUGAUACUAAUUCGGAAUCUAAUCUUGAAUACCUUACUCCGGGUUCAUCGCCUUGUCCUCUCGCAUCUGAAGAUGACAAUAGCAGUGGUGUAUAUUUUGAUGCAGGUUUCAGAAGCGACUGUGAAAACAAAGGGAAUGUUGCUGGUGACAUAUACUUCAGGCGGAGGAGGAGAAGACAGGUGGAAAAUACCCGGAAGGGCAUUUCCAAAGUCAAAGAUCACGACGGACAAUAUGUCUCUACUUAUGCGAACAACGUGAAUGGAAACGAAAUUCUUCAAAAAGAAUUAUCGGAAGAAGAGGAAAAAGACAACGAAGAAGAAGAAGAAGAAGAAGAAGAAGAAGAAGAAGAAGAAGGUUAUGAGGAGCAAGAAGAGGAAGGAGAAUAUGAAAAUCAAGCAGAAGGAGAGGGAAGGGGAGGAACUGAAGAGGAUGAGGAGGAUGACGAAGAAGAAGAAGAGGAAGAAGAGGAAGAUGAUGAUGAUGAUGAUGAUGAUGAUGAUGAAGAUGAUGAUGAUGAUGAUGAAGAUGAUGAUGAUGAAGAGGAAAAUGGAGAAGAAGAUGAACAAAAAGACGAAGAAGAGAGAGAAAAUGAAAAUAAGUCAAAAGUUAAAAAAAGACCUGAUUGCUUUCCGCGACGGGUAACGGCGCCUUUGCAAUGUCAAUUGGAACGCAUUCCGAAAUCCAUUCUUAAGAAUGGUAUAAAAUCCAAACGAAGUGCCUUCAGCAGCGUUAAGCAGCUUCCUCCAAAAUUAACGUCGACAAACACGUCGGACGUUUCUCACGAUUCUUUUUCCGAUGAGUUGUUUUUGUCAUACCCUUUAGCAAGGCGUCACAAGGACUCGAUGAUAAAAAAUAAACAAUGUUUCAGUUCGCUGUGCUUAAAGAGAAGCUCUUCAGUCAGCUGCGAGAGUCACAGCCCUGUGCACAGACCCCAACCGCGCCGGCGCUUCUUCGAUCGCAAACAGAUUUCUUACGAUGAAUUCGUCCAGACGAGAAGAUACAAAGAACAUGACAGCCAGAAAAAAAGACAUGAAAAUAGAAAGAAAGAUAAAUUCGUCGGAGAGCAGACUUGCCGCCCUAAGUCACCAAUCAGUAGGCAGUUCUGCUCGGAAGACAGUGAUUCCUCCUCAGUCUCAAUGCCAAGGAAUACGUACAAGUCAAACGAACAAUUAGACUUUUCGAACCGAUAUUGCACAACAGCACCCAGCGGCAGAGUUACACCUUGGGUUCUAAAAAAACAGAAAACCCAAGCCUUCAAAUCAAACCGGCCGAUAGUGGAACACUCGGGUGUAACCUAUGGUGACCUUGAGACUGAUAUCAUUUUGUAUCCAGAAAACCAUUUCUACAGUAUUGGCUUCGAAGAAUACAAUCAGGUUAAGUUCGAGGAUGGACCUUACCCACCUGAAAACAAUCUUCAAUGUACCGACCCAAAUAGGCAACAACCGCUCGAGUCUUAUGAAACCUCGCAGAUUGGUGAUCCGUCGUUUCCAAACUGGAGAAAUAGGCAAAUCCCAUUCGGUCCGAUACAAAAUAGAUCAGGUAGAUGUUCGUGUCAGGAAAAAGAAUCUCCAUGGAUUCCUGUAUCCAACAAAGAUCCUUUGAGGCUCAGGGUUUGUCAACAAUGCCAUAAUUCUGUUGGACGACCAACGGAGAUGUCUCCAACGUCAUCCAUGUCACCUGCAUCGGACAUCAACGGCUCGUUGCCAUUGUUUUUUCCUCACUAUCAGACGUUUUCUCGCGGGGAUUUCGUAGCGUCGAGUCCGUCUGAAACAACCAGAUCUGAGGGUACUGAAACAUACAAGUCCGAAAUUCAAAUUCUUAUUAAGUCUCCGCGACGUGAUAAGCGAGUCCAGACGGUCAACGGAGGUACAAAUGCAGAAACCAUCGCCAGAAAGAGAAACAGUGUAACAGUUAAGAAAAGCAAGCUUCUAGUUCUUCACAAUUAUUCUUUACCGGGAGAUCAUCAAAAAUGUGGGGCUUCAGGCAAAGAUAUCAGGACGAGUCGACGGAUACAUAAUGCUCCAACUGAUCAAUCAUAUCCUCCCGCCAUUGUUUUAAACACAGAGGAAAACGAAGCAAAAAAUGUUCCCGUGACGGUGAGAAACAUUGAAAGACCCCGCCGAGGAGAUAACCUUGAAAAUCAGCGGUUUGUUCAUAGUUGGCUGAACGAUUACACAGAAGGGUUACCGCCCAGGCAGUCAACCAUGGAAACCAUUGACAGUGGCAUUGCUAUUGAUUCUAGGUCGUCUUCUCCGCAGCGUCCAGCAACACUAGGCGGACACGAUCCUCCCAGUUCGAUGACCCGUUCCCAACACGGUCAUCAGCCGUCUAUAAACACAGAUAACGCUGACGUUUCCAAUCCCCGACAGCAACUGUUGCAAGCUCAUUACGGACAAUUACAAGAAUACACAGAGCAAUUCCUUCAAAGACAACGAAUCCACCAGUUGCAGAAAGAGCAAACAUACAUGCGGCCGGCUCAGAAUCGUAAUCGUCCAGAAGGUCGUAAUGAAAGUCCGCCUUGUACGAGACAGCCGGCAGCAUAUCGGCCGGCGUCGGAGAGUUCCGAAAGCAGAUACGACUUUGUUCCUUAUCAUCGUCUUUCGGCAUCAAAGUCGUCGAUUUACACUGGAUGCCCGUACAAUAGCCAAUCGACACCGACGGACGAGGGAUGUAGUUAUGUGAUGCCUCGAUCUUCUCCUGUUUCGUACAACAACUGGACCCAAAAUAAAGUAAGAAACUUUCUGCCUCGGGUUUGCCAAUUUGGGAAUGGAGGUUUGCUUCAGGCUAUCAUAAAACCGUACGAAGAGACGAACGCACAGAUCAAAACUGAAGAUUCCCAUGACGAGACUUCCGAAAUGGAAUUUUUGUCUAGUGGUGGGUACCACGAGGCAGCAAAAACUGAUGAAGACUCACAGUUUCUGUCUACGAGUUUUGGCGGACGGGAUUCUAGUCACACAACAGCGUCAGAUAAUGUCGGUAAAUCUAAUGUCAGUAUAAAUAGCAGGGGUAAAGAAAAAGAUGAUUCUGAAAAAGAUAUAGAUUUCAACCACAGACGUCGAUUUUAUAGUGAACAAAUCGAUUUUCAUCAUCGUCGUUACCCAUAUUACCCUGAAACUCUCGGUGAGAGCCGCCCUCAUUACAGCAGUGUGAACAGUCUUUUCACAGAGGGUAGCACGUCUUCGCCUAUACAGUUUAAUAGUAGCCCAGCUCAGUUAACAGCUGAUAUUUACGUACCAGAACAUAUCACUUACAACCCAGAAAGUCCCACCAAUUUCACCAGGGACUCUUUGUUCUACUGCCAAAAACCAAGUGAUAGAUUCUUUCAGAGGCCCAAACAUAGACAACAACCGUUAGGUUUUCGAUCUUCUAUGCGUCAAUAUCAAUCAUAUGCUUGUGGUCUGAACGAAUUGUCCCUGACGGACACCGACGACGGCUUUCAGCGUCAGACAGCUCCAUCUGAUCCAUCAUCGCUCUCGUCCGACAAGAACCUCUAUGCACAAUACUAUGAUCGGUCGGAUGCCACUGACUUUUCCUCGCUGAUGGAAAUGGAAGAACUACCGUCAACAAGCGAAGCAGCCCUGAACGAAGUCCACGGUUAUCGCAGCGAUAAUCCUGAAAAUCUUUCUCCAGCUGGUAGCCUGGUGAUUAAUGAUAUUAACUAUGGAGAAGACGAAGGCGUCCCCUGGUGUAAGCGACACUCUGACUACUCGUCCAAAGCUAACGUAGCAGGCGCCAAUUUCGAAACUCGCAAAAACAUGCCUUCCCCAGCUUCUGACCAUCGGGAUUUCUACCCGGCUCAGUUAAUAGAAAAACCGUUCCGACCAAACGCAAACCCGUGUCAAGCUCCAGACACGUGUUACUCUGGCUGCAGAGAAAUCUGUGAAGCUCCCAUGUGCUUGGACCAAUACGAUCAAUCCCUUAUCAGUAAUAAUUCCGUCGCGAAUAAUGAUGAUCCGGUACCCGGAAUGGAGAUGCUGUUCUAUACGCUCCAUAGAGCUAUCGCUAAUGUAGAAGAAAGACCCCAUAAUGAAUGCUACGCUCUUGGGCCAGGACUGGACAAUGGCUACGUACAGGCAACGAAUUUUUUUCAGAAAUUCAAACAGAAAGACGACCGGAGAGUACAGCGACCGAAACAUUAUUUAAAAACAUUUCUAUCUAUCUAUCUAUCUAUCUAUCUAUCGAUCUAUCUAUCACAUAUUUGUUUAUUUAUCAUAGCUUGUUUAUCUAUCUAUCUAUCUAUCUAUCUAUCUAUCUAUCUAUCUAUCUAUCUAUCUAUCAAGGUCCGUACCGUAGGUGGACAAGGACCCCUGACUGUGGGAAUACGGGGGCCGCGUACGAACAACACAGUCCUGGAGACAUCGGUCAUCUACAGUGAAGAUUCCGUCUAUGACGUCACAUAUCGAGUGUCCAGCCCCGGUUGCUACACUAUCGACGUGAAGUGGGCUGGUUCCCACAUACAUCAGAGUCCUUUCAUAUGUAAAGUGAUGCCAUGA